AUGAUGCGCCUAAGUAAUGAAUCACUGUCGUCUUUAGGAUCAAACAAAGACAAAGAUCUACCACCAAUUCCUCCCAAGAAAGCAGACGAUGACCAUUUGUUACAAGCUAAAACCUUGAAACGGAAGAACUUUAAAAAAUUGUCCUUAACAUCACCUCCAACCACCAGUGAAUAUGAUUAUGAUGAAAUUCCAGACGACUUUAAAUCAACUUCCUUACUUCAAAAGAGAAAUAACUUGAGGCCGGCUCCUCUAUUGUUGAACUUAAAGCCUAAUAACAACAGUAUUACUGUCAAUGACAAUUCAAUUAUUCAAGACUUCAAUGGUUCCGGUGAAGAACACUCAAUCAUAAAUCAAAUGACGAAUCUUGAUCUAUCCACCACAACCUUAAAGGCCCCAUCAUCCACAUCUACAUUAUUAGCUCCUGAAACUCAAACUGGACUUAAAUCAACUACAGUUAUAAGAAAUGAUCCAACAACGGGUACAUCAACAACUACAUUCACAAGAAAAAGACAAACCAUUAUAUCGUCUAUUUCCCCCACCAAAUCAACUGCAUCCUCUCCAUCAGAUAUAAAGGCUCAACUGUUACAUUUUGCUGCCAGCAAUAACAAUAAUAAUACCAGCAAUUUAUCUCCUAUAUCCACUUCUUCUACUUUCAAGUUGAAUAUUAAUGAUUUAUUAACACUUAAGAAUUUGGGUUCGGGAAAUUCCGGUACUGUAUCAAAAAUAUUACAUAUACCUACACAAAAGAUUAUGGCUAAAAAGGUGAUACCAAUCGAUCUGGAGACUGUGAUUCAAGCCCAAAUAAUAAGAGAGUUAAGAAUAUUGCAUGAAUGUAGAUCACCUUACAUUAUUGAAUUUUAUGGUGCUUUCAUUAAUAAUAAUAAUACUAUUGUGAUAUGUAUGGAAUAUUGCAAUUGUGGUUCUUUAGAUAAAAUCUUAUCUUUAUCGCCUAAUGGACAAUUUCCACUUCCUAUAUUAAAGAAAUUGGCAUUUUCUAUUUUAUCAGGUUUAUCAUAUUUGUACACCACUCAUAAAAUCAUUCAUAGAGAUAUUAAACCUAGUAAUGUUUUAAUGAGUCAUAAGGGAGAAUUCAAACUAUGUGAUUUUGGAGUUUCUCGUGAAUUAAACAAUUCUAUCGCCAUGGCUGAUACAUUCGUGGGAACUUCCACUUAUAUGUCACCGGAAAGAAUUCAAGGUUUGACAUAUGGUGUCAAGUCAGAUGUUUGGUCAAUGGGUUUAAUGUUGAUUGAAUUGGCUAGUGGUAAACCGGUUUGGUAUGAAGAUACCAAGUCAACUGGACCAGAAGGUAUUUUGGAUUUGUUACAAAGAAUAGUCAAUGAAACCCCACCAAGUUUGACUAAUAAAGUUAACCCCAUUACAAAAACUGCAUAUGAUCCCUCUUUAUGUCAGUUCAUCGAUUUUUGUUUGAUUAAGGAUGAUAACGUACGGAAAUCGCCUUCUGAACUAUUAGAUGAUACUGAAGGAUUCCUAAAAGGUACAAUAGAAGGUUUAUUCGAUAAAGAUGUUAAGGUUUGGGCAAAAGGUAUUAGAAAAUUACUUAAAGAUAAGUCUGAAAAUGAUAAGUGA